CACACACACAGCUGCGUACAUUUCUCCCCCACCUUCCCACUUUCUCCCGUGCAGCCGAGGCGCUUUUCGUCUCCAAAGCCUGUCUCCAGGAGCAUGUCCUCACACAUGCAGCCUCGGUGCGAUGAAGCGAACCAAAAGACGCCACCAGCUUGACAGCAUGAAAGCAGUGGCCAUGGCUAUUAACCAUGAAGCUGGAGCCAGACCCUCCCAUCGCUUCCUUCUAUCAAACAGAGCCACUCUGGUGCUACAUUGAACACACACUCUCUGAGUAUGCCAUCCAAGUGCGAGAAAGCCCAACGGAGCGCUUAACACCCGCUAUUCCAUCUGAGUAGGAGGUGGCAACGAAAGACCAAAUGCCAUGGAUGUAUUUAAUUUCAAUUACUCGAAUGCCUCUGAAGGCAAUAACACAGAAGUUGUGGCAGAAAGCGAAAGCGCCUACAAGACUGUGGAGGUGGUGUUCAUCGUGUUGGUGGCCGGUUCUCUCAGUUUGGUUACAGUUAUUGGAAAUAUCCUGGUCAUGCUUUCCAUCAAAGUUAAUAGGAACUUACAGACGGUCAACAACUACUUUUUAUUCAGCCUCGCAUGUGCUGACCUGAUAAUUGGACUGUGCUCUAUGAACUUGUACACAGUCUACAUCGUAAUGGGAUACUGGCCCCUGGGCCCGGUGGUGUGCGACUUGUGGUUAGCCUUGGACUAUGUUGUCAGCAAUGCGUCUGUCAUGAAUCUUCUCAUCAUAAGCUUUGACAGAUAUUUCUGUGUCACCAAGCCCCUUAGCUACCCUGUCAAGAGGACCACCAAGAUGGCGGGAAUGAUGAUUGCAGCGGCCUGGGUCCUGUCUUUUAUCUUGUGGGCGCCAGCUAUUCUCUUCUGGCAGUUCAUUGUCGGUGGGCGGACAGUGCCUGAAAGGGAGUGCUACAUACAGUUCUUCUCCAAUGCUGCAGUCACUUUUGGCACCGCCAUUGCCGCCUUUUACCUGCCUGUCAUCAUAAUGAUUCAGCUUUACUGGCAGAUCUCCAGAGCAAGCAAGAGCCGCGUGAAGAAGGACAUCCGCAAGCCAUCAGCAGCCAAUCCAGAGCCCCUGUCGCCGGCUCAGAGGAGGAACAACACUCCAAAACCCAACAAUAACAACGUACAGGGGGAGGACACAGGUUGCUCCCCGAGCCAGAAUGCCAAGGAUGGAGCUAACCAGCAUGAUGGGAAACUGCAAAAUGGCAAGGGACCUUCCUCGACAAAUGCUGAUGGAGAACCUGAAGGUGAAGAUGCGGCAAGGGAGAACUGCGCUCCAGGAGAAGAGAAAGAAAGCUCCAAUGAUUCAACAUCUGGAAGUGUGGCUGCGUCCAAUCAGAAGGAUGAAGAGGCAGCUGCCUCCACCGCUUACUCCAGUGCUGAAACAAGCCAGCCCCUCCCUCGUCAGCGAGCCAAGGCAGGGGGCUCCAAGCUGACCUGUAUCAAGAUCAAGACUAAAUCGCCCAAAGGUGAUUGCUACACCCCAACCAACGCCACCGUUGAGAUCGUCCCGGCUUCAGAGCGGCAGAAUCACGUUGCGCGGAAGAUUGUGAAGAUGACAAAGCAACCUCCCAAGAAGAAGAAAGGACCGCCAUCACGGGAGAAAAAAGUGACCCGCACCAUAAUGGCCAUCCUGGUAGCUUUCGUUGCCACCUGGACUCCUUACAAUGUGAUGGUGCUUAUAAACACCUUCUGCUCCAGCUGCAUCCCCAACACAGUGUGGACUAUUGGCUACUGGCUGUGCUACAUCAACAGCACCAUCAACCCAGCGUGCUACGCUCUGUGCAAUGUCACGUUCAAAAAGACAUUCAAGCAUCUUCUCCUCUGCCAAUAUAAAAAUAUUAGGUCAGCCAGAUAAAUAUGGGCCACUUGGGAUGAAGAGUUUAAGUGUGAGUUGUCUGUUUGUGUGUA